CGUCCUGCUCACUGCCCCUCACCCUGCUGCUUUGCCUGGGUCUGGACUUGCUUUAGCUACUUUUGGAAUAGCGCACCUUUUCUCUUGUUUCUAGAUAUUGUGGAUUGUUGAAUUCGUAGUUGUGAGCUGGUAAAGUGAAGGGAAGUCUGAUAUUAUAAGUUGGCGGAGUGGCCCUCAGGAUGUCAGGAUCGUUACAAGUGACGCAGAAGCAGCAACAGCAGCAGCAUCAUCAGCAGCAGCUCCAGCAGCAGCAGCAGCAGCUUCACUAUGAGAGCAGCUAUUACCUGAGCACCAAGUCGUCCGUUAGCAAGCAGUCGUUCUCGACUCUCAAGACCAGCAGCCAUCGCGUGAAGACUGCUGUGAAGACAGAGAAGGGGCAGGAGGUGGUCAAACUGAGCCCGCUACCCAAGAGAGCCAAACGCACCUACCUGGCAAUGGACACAGACAAAGAAGUUAUCGGCUAUGUCAUUCCCGUAUUUAGAGCCAAUCAUGAUGUUGUUCGCGGUCUGAUGGAAGCCCAGGAGGAGCAGGUUACGGAGGAGGGGAUAAACUAUGUGGCCAUGAGGAACCUGUUUGUCAGGGAGGCCAGCGAGGCCAUGCGCGUCAAAGUGGAGAAGAAAACCAGGACAACACACAUCAGGGAAUCCGCCGAACGCAUGGAACUGAGCAGAACGAUGGACGAGUGGGCAGAGUUCCGGAAGAAAAUGAACCCAGACAGCCUGACACACCCUCCAGAGUUUAUUGUCAAGCCCCGUGGACAAACUGUCUGGGAGGGCAAGACUCUGAAGCUGCACUGCACUGUGGCUGGAUGGCCUAAACCCAGGAUUGCCUGGUACAAAAACAGUGUGCUCAUUGACGCCAAGGCCCACCCCGAGAAGUACACAGCCGAGAGCAAUUACAACAUGCACUCCCUGGAGAUCAAGAACUGCGAUUUCUUCGACACUGCUCAGUAUCGUGCCUCUGCCCUCAACGUGAAAGGGGAAGCUUCCUCUGUGGCUACUAUUGUUGUCAAAAGGUUCCAGGACGGCGAGGAAGCAGGACCAUUAGAUCCCAAACCACACGGUUUCUGCCCUGAGCAUGGUGUCACCUUUGAAACAACCAUUAUUGACAAAUUCGAAGUGGCCUUUGGCAGUGAAGGCGAGACAGUGAGUCUGGGCUGCACUGUCAUUGUUUAUCCCACUGUGAAAAAAUACCAGCCUGAAAUCGUGUGGUACCGGAACUCUGUCCCCUUGAAGCCCUCUAAAUGGGUACACAGCCACUGGUCAGGGGAACGUGCCACACUCACUCUUGUCCACCUCAACAAGGAAGAUGAGGGCAUGUACACCAUGCGCGUCAACACGAAAUCUGGCUUUGACACCUACUCUGCCUAUGUGUUUGUCAGAGAUGCCGAUGUGGAGGUGGAGGGGGUUCCCGUGGCCCCCCUGGAUGUGCGCUGUCAUGAUGCCAACAAGGACUAUGUGGUGGUAACCUGGAAGCAGCCAGCGGUGGAGGGCAGCAGCUCCAUCCUGGGAUACUACAUCGACAGGUGCGAGGUAGGCACUCACCACUGGGCUCAGUGUAAUGACGUCCCAGUGAAGUAUGCCCGCUUCCCCGUCACCGGACUGGUGGAGGGGCGCUCCUACGUGUUCAGGGUGCGGGCCUUGAACAAGGCAGGAGUCAGCCGUCCGUCCCGUGUCUCCGAGGCCGUGAUUGCCAUGGAUGCCUCCGACAGAGCCCGCCUCAGAGCUGGCCCCUCAGCUCCUUGGACUGGGAUGAUCAAGUUCACAGAGGAGGAUCCAACUGUGGGUGUUGUGCCUGGCGAACCCACUGAUGUUGAGGUUACCGAGGCAACCAAGAGCUACGUGGUGCUCGCCUGGAAGCCUCCAGUCCAGAGAGGUCACGAAGGAGUCAUGUAUUACAUUGAGAAGUGUAUUUCAGGGACAGACACCUGGCAGAGGGUGAACACGGGUAUGCCGGUCAAGUCUCCUCGCUUUGCCCUGUUCGAUCUGGCUGAGGGAAAAUCCUACAACUUCCGUGUGCGCUGCUGCAACUCUGCUGGUGUGGGCGAGUCCUCUGUGCCCACAGGAGAGAUCACGGUCGGGGAUAAACUGGACGUGCCCUCAGUCCCGGGCAAUCCGGUGGCCACCAGGAACACCGACACCUCAGUGGUGGUCUUCUGGGGGGCCUCUAAGGAUGUCUUACACCUGGUCGGCUACUAUAUUGAAUGUAGCGUGGUGGGCACAGAUGUCUGGAUGCCUUGCAACAACAAACCUGUCAAGCAGACCAGGUUUGUGUGCCAUGGCCUGACUACCGGGGCAAACUACGUGUUCAGGGUGAAGGCAGUCAAUGCUGCUGGAUACAGCCAGAGCUCCCCCAGUUCUGAGGCUGUGGUUGUGCAAGCUGCCAUCUCCGUCCCUGGAAAACCCACUGGUGUGAGCCUGCUGGAGGCUGUAAAGGACUACAUGGUGCUGGGCUGGACCGCACCUGCUAAAAAUGGAGGAGCUGAUAUCAGGGGAUAUUUUGUGGACUAUAGGACUGUGAAGGGAGACGUUGUUGGGAAAUGGCAUGAAAUGAACCACCAGGCUUUGACUACUGCCUCCUAUAAAGCUGAGAACCUGAAGGAGAACGUCUUCUACCAGUUCCAGGUGCGUGCUAUGAACAUGGCAGGCGUGAGUAAAGCCUCUGUGGCCAGUGCAGCUCUGGAGUGCAAGGAGUGGACCAUUACUGUGCCAGGUGCUCCUGUUGGUCUUCAUGUGCUGGAGGUUCGUGACUCCUCCGUCGUGGUCCUCUGGGAGCCACCUGCAUUUAAUGGCCGCACUCCUGUCAAUGGCUACUAUGUGGACAUAAAGGAGGCCUCUGCUGGAGAAGAAGGCUGGAAGGCUGUGCAUGAGAAGGUCAACAAGAUGAAAUACAUGAAGGUGAAGGGGCUGAAGGCUGCUACUUCCUACGUCUUCCGUGUGCGUGCUCAAAAUCUUGCCGGAGUUGGAAAGCCCUCAGCAGUCUUAGGUCCAAUCCUGGCCCAGACUCGCCCUGGCACCAAAGAGAUUUAUGUGGAUGUCGAUGAUGAUGGUGUGAUCUCUAUGGUCUUUGAGUGCUCUGAGAUGAGCGAGGGCUCUGAGUUUAUUUGGUCCAAGAAUUACCAGGCUAUCACAGACAGCUCUCGUCUGACUAUUGUCACUGAAAAGGGCAAGUCCAGAGCUAUUUUCAACAGUCCCUCAUUGGAGGAUCUGGGCACCUUCUCUUGUGUGGUCACCAACACUGAUGGCAUCUCUUCCAGCUACACACUCACUGAGGAGGGUCUCAUGCGUCUUCUGGACAUCAGCCAUGACCACAAGUUCCCUGUUAUACCCUUUAAGAAUGAAAUGGCCAUGGAGCUGCUUGAGAAGGGUCGCGUGCGAUUCUGGACUCAGGUGGAGAAAUGCACUUCUGCCUGCCAAGUGGAGUAUGUCUUUAAUGACGUCAUCGUGACUCAGGGAAAGAAAUACACAAUGAACUUUGACAAGUCCACCGGCAUUAUUGAAAUGUUUAUGGACUCUCUGGAGGUCACCGACGAGGGAACCUUCACCUUUAACUUGGUGGAUGGCAAGGCUAAGGGCACAACCAGUCUGGUGCUCAUUGGAGAUGAAUUCAGGGAGCUUCAAAAGAAAUCAGAAUUUGAGAGGGCAGAAUGGGUCAGGAAACAAGGGCCUCACUUUGUCGAGUACCUUGACUUCACUGUUACUGCAGAAUGUGACGUUCUGCUUAAAUGCAAGAUAGGAAAUGUCAAACCAGACACUGAGAUCACCUGGUCUAAGGACAGCAUUGAAAUUGCUGAGGAUGACGAGGACGCAAACAAAAUCGAGAAGAAGGACUGCGAGCUGACCUUUAAUAUCGGAAAGAUCUCUAAGAAUGAUGCAGGUAUUUACGAGGUCUUCCUGAGGGACGACAGAGGCAAAGAUAAGAGCACCUUCAAUCUGACGGAUGCAGGAUACCAAGCGGUAAUGAAUGAGCUGUUCAGGGUCAUUGCCAACUCCUCUUCUGGAAUCCAGGUGGUCAGUACUGAACAUGGCAUCAUCCUCUACUCCAUGGUCACAUAUCACCACGAGGACCUGCGUGUUGGUUGGCUCCACAAAGAUGCUAAGAUUGCCGCCUCAGAGAGAGUUAAGGCUGGAGUCACAGGAGAGCAGCUUUGGCUUAAGAUCAAUGAGCCCACUGAGAAGGACAAGGGCAAAUACUGCAUGGAUAUCUUUGAUGGCAAGGACGGUGUAAAAAGAGCCUUUGAUCUGACCGGCCAGGCUUGGGAAGAGGCAUUUGAAGAAUUCCAAAGGCUCAAGGCUGCAGCAAUCGCAGAGAGAAACCGUGCUCGUGUUGUUGGAGGCUUGCCAGAUGUGGUUGCAAUCCAAGAGGGCAAGUCCCUGAACCUGACUGGCAAUGUCUGGGGCGAACCCGUACCUGAAGUGUCCUGGCUGAAGAACGAGAAGGAGCUUGUGUCUGACGACCACUACAAACUCAAGUUCGAGCAUGGGAAGUUUGCCAGCAUCACAAUCGCUGCCGUCACCACGGCAGACUCUGGCAAGUAUGCCCUCCUGGUCAAGAACAAGUAUGGCACAGAGGCAGGCGAGUUCACCGUCAGCGUCUACAACCCAGAAGAAGAGGAGAGCAAGGAGGAGAAGAAAGGCUAAAGGAUGAUGCAGUGUAAUGAAAUAAAGCAGAAAAUAUGAACGACUGGGCUAUUUCCAAAGCAUUUUACCCCGGCACAUGCCGGUGCUACAAAGCAGUUUAAAUAAAUGAUGAAUACGGCUGCUUCCUCCUGCCUCUUUCAUAUGCUGGGCUAAAGAGCUUUGGGCAUUGCUUGUCAAGGAAGAAAACAAUGAAUGUGACACAGAGAGAUUAACUGUGUGCUUGUAGUUGCUUGACAUGUCUUCUGUCACUUUUGUCCACUGUCAGCAGUAAAUGUAAUUUAUAAUUAUGGGAGAUGGUUGACCUGUCGUUAAUCUUUGUUUAGAAAAAUAGCAUGAAGGCCAGCAAAAGCAAAAAACAUUUUUUCUUUAAUAUGACAGUAGCAUUUCAUUCGGAAAACCUUUGACCUCUUAAACCACGUCAUGCUUGAGGUUUAUGUGUAAAAUAAAGGAAAAAAACUGAUGUCAUGAACUCAUCGGAUAUUUCACAUGCUCCACUAUUUAGAGCUCUUUGUGUCUAUUUCUAAACUGCUAUUCUAUUUCAAGUUCACUGUGUGCAUGUAUGUUAUGUGACGAACUGUACAACAGUUUCUACAAGAGGUGGAGCAGGAAAACCCUGAUGAAGUGUGACAGUAAACACACGGCAGUUGAAACUGGUUCAUUCAACAUGUCUCGCACAACCCUCAAAGCCAUGUGCAAAAAGAAGAAUAGGCAUACUUGGCAUACAGGUCUUUUUGUAGAACUAGUCAUAUAAGCACCAGAUGCUAUCAGGGAAAUGGGUUGAAAGUUGUGGAAUGUUGUAUUUCAGGUACAAUUGAUGAAUCUAUAUAGAUAAACUGCCCUGCAGCAUUUGUUCUUCAGCUGUGUCUAAUGAGUUAAACAGACUCUGCUCUCUCUUCAAGGUACUCUUGUA